GACAACACAACAAAAAUGGUUCUUCUCAUUGUACGAGUCUGCCAUGAACAACUUCAUAGAUUCUCAGAAGAAGAAAAAUUGCAUAAGCGUGAGAUUUCGUCCAUUGAUAGGUAAAAAUGGUGAAGAGGAAGAAAAAUAAAAAGAAUGAUCUCCAUAAACUAUCCAACGCUAAAGCUUCGACCAAGCAUCCCGCAUCACAGCUACAAUCAACGACGUCAAGAUCUACAUUAGGACUUUUACAUCAAAAAGUAUUUGAUCCAAGACAACCUCCCAUCUCCGUUUUUGGACUUCUCAAUUUUGCACAUUUACCUUUAAUUCCCGAUUCCCAUAUCAGAAUGUCAAUUGACAGCGCAAAAGUCUUGAAAACAGAGCCAUUGGACCCUGCCAAAGCAAAAUGGACAAAACUCGUUUUGUACGUGUUGAUCUGCUUAGUGUGAGCUGCCAGAAUCAUUGCAGCUGAUGCCUUUGCGAACAUUCAGAUCAACGUAUCGCGACCCUCGAGGAAAAGUUCGUGAUUGGGAACACGCGGAACGAUCUACUCGACCGAAGUCAUCCGAGAUAGAUGGUGUUGGAAUUGUUGCCGUAAUCCAAAAAGCGACCGGCCCGGAAUUAGUAUUACAGAAGCAAUACCGCCCACCAUUAGAUAGAAUAGUGAUUGAAGUGCCAGCCGGACUUAUCGAUGAGGGGGAAACUGCAGAGGAAGCAGCUCUAAGGGAGUUGAAAGAAGAGACUGGUUAUGUCGGGGUCUUGAGCGAGAGUACGCCCAUAAUGUUUAAUGAUCCAGGGUUUUGUAACACAAACCUCAAAAUGGUGCAUGUUACGGUUGAUAUGUCUAACCCAGCCAACCAAAAUCUAGUGCCAGAACUCGAAGAGAACGAAUUUAUAGAAGUAUUCACUUUACCUUUGAAGGAUUUAUGGGAGACAUGUAAAAAAUGGGAGAAAGAAGGAUAUGCAAUAGAUGCCCGAGUAGGAACUUUAGCUGAAGGCAUUGAAGUUGCUAGGACGCUGAAUUUAUUCUCGAAAUAAGGAACGAGCAUGAUGUUUCGAUAAAUAGAUGAAUAUAAUAAAUAAUGCACAAUACACAUCGAAAAGGUCUA